AUGGGUGUCCAUUCCUCCAAAGUUGCACCCCAAGGGGGGUUCGAGCAAGGGGAGGCUUCAGGGGCUCAGAGGCCAGAGCAGGAGGACUGGCCCGAGCCAGAGUCUGAGAGCAGAGCAGAUCCUGAGGCGGCAACUGGGCCCCAGCAGCUCCCCACCUCCGCGGGGCAGCCAGAGCAGGUCCUGGAGUCCAGUGAGGGGCAGGAGCCCGACAAGAGCCAGGCUUCGGGGCCUUCCUCAGACCCACCCCGCCAGCCGUCUGAGAGAGGGGAUUCACCAGUCCCAGAAGCCCAGGGGCAGCAGCCACCCCCUGGGAGGUCCCGCUGCCACACCAAUUGCCUGGAGCAGCCCCUGGCCCGGGGCUUCCAGAGGAUGGGGCUGGCUGCUAGCUCCCUGGUGCUGACGGCUGUCCUGGGCACCAGGUGGAUUUCCCUACACAGGGAGAUGGAAUAGAACCUGGAAGAGCAGGACACCCAUUCGGGCUUCCCGGGCAAAGGCAAGCGGUGCUUCGUGCAGGCACAUCUCUCCACCAAAAAGUCACACCUCUUCUCCCCAUUUCGGUCCAGCACCGAGGACAACUUCGCCUCCAUACUGGUGGUCUCCAGCACUGCCAAUCUGCUGGAUCAAGUCAUCUUCUCAGAAAUUAGUCAACUGGUCGAGGCGGUGCAGACACUGACUGUGCCCUGGGGAAAUGGAACCCAGGUCCUCUACCCUCAGGUGUGUGCCAGGUACCAGAGCAUCCGCAUGCCCUCCAACCCACUCCUGUUCAUCUGGCAGAAUAACAACAUUAUGAAAAGCAUCCCCUUCCCUAUUUACAAUACCUCCACUGCGCCCCUCUACUUGGCCAGCCUCUUGGGAGGAACCGUCCUAGGUCCUGGCGCGGGGACAAGUCGCUUACUCCUGCAAGCCAAGGCCAUGGGGCUGCAGUACUACCUGAAGACCGUGGACUCCGAGGACAGUGCGGGCAGCCAGAAGUGGAUGCUCGAGUUCCUGGACCAAAUUCAUGCCAUUGAAAAGCGCCUGGCCUUGAAGAAUAUCCAGGGGGCUGGGAUUAGAGGGAGGAGAAGUCUUUUUACAAUUUUUACAUAUGAUAUUAACAUUUCAUCAUCACAUGAGAUUACUUCUUCCUGGGCCUUCAUUCACACCACGGGUGUUUCUUCUUCACGCAGUAAGAAGAACAUGUUAUUCCAAUUGCAAAGUUUUGCCAAAAGGUGUGAGAUUCCCCUAAUGGUGUAUAACCCAGCAUUUAUCUAUUUUGAUCAAUAUUCUGCCAUCUUAGAAAACAAUAUUCAAAGUGUCAUUUUUGCAUCCGUAGCUAUGUUCAUUGUUUCUUUAUUGUUAACUCCCCACCCAUUGUGAUCCUUGUGGGUCACUUUUUCUAUUGGGUCUGUGAUUGCAGGAAUAAAAGGUUUCAUGGGAUACUGGCAUGUCAACCUUGAUCCCGUAUCCAUGAUGAAUCUUGUGAUUUGUAUAGGGUUUUCUUUUGAUUUUUGUGCACAUAUUUCAUAUGCAUUUGUUUCCAGUUCUAAACCUUCAUCAAAUCAAAAAGCAAUGGAGGCAUUGUUUUUGCUAGGUUACGCAGUGUUACAAAGUGCACUGUCAACAAUAAUAGGAGUGUCUGUUUUAUCUGUAGCUAACACAUACAUCUUCAGGACAUGUUUUAAAAUUAUGUUUUUUGUCAUGGUAUUGGGGGCUAUUCAUGGCCCAGUUUUUAUUUCAGUAUUCGUAACCAUUUUUUGAAGAUUUGUUGGAAUAUCCACUAACAAAUCAGUGCCCAAUGAUAGAAUUCUUGACUGCCCCAACACAGUCUGGUAAAAACGCUAUAUUAAGGAUAGUUGAUAAACUGAAAACAAGGCAUGUUUUC